CUCAGGGCAGGAAGUUGCCUGGACGGCGGCGGGAGCCGCAGGCCGGCCGCAGUGCCUUCGAACUACGGCGGGAGAUGUCGGGCGAGAUGGCGAGUGUGGGCCGCCUGCUGUGUGCGGUGGGCCUGCUCCUCUGUGUGGCGCCAAGCCUCGGGCUGCCCAGCCUCCGCAGACCUACCACCGAGAGGCCCAUCAUUGGGGUAUUAAUGCAAGCAACCAAUAAUCCGGAAUUGAAAAAGUUUGGAAAAUACUAUAUUGCUGCAUCGUAUGUGAAGUAUCUAGAGUCUGCCGGUGCAAGAGUUAUACCAAUAAGGCUUAAUCUUACAUAUGCGGAAUAUGAAGAACUUUUCAAGUCUAUCAAUGGAAUCCUUUUACCCGGAGGAGGCUCUGAUCUUGAGACGUCAAAUUAUGCCAAAGUCUCCAAGAUAUUUUAUGAGUUGUCCAAAAAGAGUUUUGAUGAUGGAGACCAUUUUCCUGUGUGGGGCACCUGUCUUGGAUUUGAGGAACUGUCCUAUCUGAUCAGUGAGGAAAUGUUAUUAACUGUGACAAAGACUGAGAAUAUCACAUUGCCGUUGAGCUUCACUAAAGGUGCAUCAAAGAGUAGAAUGUUCCAGAAUUUUCCUCCUGACUUGUUGCGGUCAUUAGCAUCUGAACCCCUGACUGCAAAUUUCCACACAUGGAGCCUGUCUGUAAAGAAUUUUACAAUGAAUAAAAAGUUAAAGAAGUUUUUUAAUGUACUAACUACAAAUACAGAUGGUACUACUGAAUUCAUUUCAUCAAUGGAAGGAUAUAAGUAUCCAGUAUAUGCUGUCCAGUGGCAUCCAGAGAAAGCACCUUAUGAAUGGAAAAAUGUAGCAGGCAUUUCCCAUGCACCUAAUGCUGUGAGGACUGCAUUUUAUUUAGCAGAGUUUUUUGUUUCUGAAGCUCGGAGAAACAGUCAUCACUUUGAAUCUCUGUCUAAAGAGAAGAAAUCCCUGAUUUAUCAGUUCCCUGUAAUUUACACUGGAAAUUAUUCUUUAUUUCAGCAGUGUUAUGUGUUUCCCUGAAAGUUUUCACUGUAUUAAUGAGCAGUUUUGUGUAAUUCCUUGGUGAAAUUGUCAAAAUUAUUUGCUACUCAUGAUAUUACUAAAAAACCACAGAUUUCUUUUCUAUGUGGAUGACUCUGAUUCUUCAUUCAGUAUGUGAUUAUUUAUACUGCAUUUGAUAAUUUAACAAUGAAACAAAUGUAUAAUGUUUUUCAUGGAAAAUUCAUCUUAGAUCUGAAGAGUAGAACAAAUAAAAUGAUUGAAAUGAGA